GCGAAGACGGUACCCGCCGAAAAGGCGUGGCUGGAAGCUGGAGACGUGGCUUCCGGACAGGCGGUGCGAGGCUCGCCUCGUUUCCGCCGGCGCUCGGAGUGACGUAGGAAGCGCGCCGCGCACCUCAUGGUUCCGGGGACAGUUAGGGCGGCGGAUGGAGGCGUGAGCCACCGCUCCCGGCCGAUAGAAUUGUUAAAAGCAACAUGACUGCGAUAUGUAACACAUUGCUGGAGAUGGCAACAUUGAGUUUGGCCUUGGAAGGAUGAGAUGUGUUUUAAAGGGCCUGAUUGGGGGAGGAGGAGACCCGGAUAACAAGCCCUGUAAGGGUUUGGAAUCAGUUGCUAGGAGUCUUGUCUCUCUGCCACCCAGGACAUUAUGGCAGCUCACCUGGUAAAGCGAUGCACGUGCCUCCUGAGAGAAGCUGCUCGUCAGGCCCCUGCCAUGGCUCCAGUUGGCCGACUGAGACUUGCCAGGGUAGCCCAUAAGACUCUGACUUCCUCAGCCACCUCACCCAUUUCCCACUUCCCAGGUUCCUUGGUGGAGCUGGUGGAGAAGGAACAAGCGUUUACUCCCUACAUAGAGAACCAGGUGGACCAUCUCAUCAAGAAGGCCACAAGGCCAGAGGAGCUCCUGGAGCUACUUGGUGGCAGUCACCACUUGGCAAACAAUCAUGCGGCCCUAGUACUUAUCCGGCUCUCUCACUUGCUGUCUGAGAAGCCAGAAGACAAAGCCUUGCUUAUACAAGAUGCCCGCUUUCAGCAACUUCUCUGCGUGCUCAGCAGUCAGAUAACCUCAGUCUGGCAUGGUACCCUCUCGAGGCUGCUGCGGAGCCUCUAUGCACUGGGCCUCCCCAGGACCUCCAAGGAGCUGCAGUCAGUGGAGCAGGAGGUCCGCUGGCGCAUGCGGAAGCUCAAGUAUAAGCACCUGGCCUUCCUGGCAGACUCCUGUGCCACCCUCUCACAGGAACAGCACUCCCAGGAGCUGCUGACUGAGCUUCUCAUGCACCUGGAAAGGCGCUGGACAGAAAUUGAAGAUGGCCGCACGUUAGUGACCAUCAUGAUGAAGGUGGGACACCUCUCGGAGCCACUGAUGAACCGCCUGGAAGACAAGUGCCUGGAGUUGGUGGAGCAGUUUGGCCCCGAUGAGCUGCGGAAGGUGCUGGUGACGCUGGCAGCUCAGAGCCGGCGGUCCGUGCCCUUGCUGCGGGCCAUCUCCUACCACCUGGUGCAGAAGCCGUUCUCUCUGACGAAAAGUGUGCUCUUGGACCUGGCCUACGCCUAUGGCAAACUUGGCUUUCACCAGACCCAGGUGUCCCAGCGCCUGGCCGCCGACCUGCUGUCCCUCAUGCCCAGCCUGACUUCUGGUGAGGUGGCCCGCUGUGCCAAGUCCUUCGCCUUACUCAAGUGGCUCAACCUGCCCCUGUAUGAGGCCUUUGCCCAGCACGUCCUGAACAGAGCUCAGGACAUCACCGUGCCUCACCUAUGCAGCAUACUUCUGGCUUUUGCACGUCUGAAUUUCCAUCCAGACCAAGAGGAUCAGUUCUUCAGCCUGGUACUCACUUGGAGACAUUAUGGGAGAAGGGAUUUUGUUCCUGCCAGUAGGUUGGUUGUAGUAAACCUAAUCAAAUGCCAGCAUUCAGCAGCACUCUUCCUGCUGUCCAGAGUGAUCUUGGAACAUGAGGAAGAUUCCUCGUACCUUCAAGCCCAGGAUUGCUCCAGGCCUCACCAAGGUCCAGGGUUCUGCCUCUUGUUCCCCAGUAGCCUCCUCUGGCCUCAUCCCAACUGGGCCAAGACCAUAUCUUGGACUGUGAUUCACCCAUGGCUAUUUGCAGCCCCUAAGGAGAGCCUGCUUUCUCCACCACACCCUAUUCUUGCCCAGGUACAUGAGAAACUAGGGUCAGAGCUGCCAGACCUGGAGCCAGCCCUGCAGGUGGACCUGGUGUGGGCCUUGUGUGUGCUGCAGCAGGCACGGGAAGCAGAGCUGCAAGCUGUCCUCCACCCUGAAUUUCACAUCCAAUUUCUAGGGUGCAAGUCUCAGAAGGAUCAGAACACCUUCCAGAAGCUGCUCCACAUCAACGCCACUGCCCUGCUGGAGCACCCCGAGUACUCAGGUCCCCUUCUGCCAGCCUCAGCUGUGGCCCCUAGGCCCUCAGCCCUUGACAGGAAGGUGACCCCCCUGCAAAAGGAGCUGCAGGAGACACUGAAGGGGCUGCUGGGGAGCGCCGACAGGGGCAGCUUCGAGGUGGCCACGCAGUAUGGCUGGGUGCUGGAUGCUGAGGUGCUGCUGGACAGUGAUGGCCAGUUUCUGCCCCUAAGGGACUUUGUGGCACCUCAUCUUGCCCAGCCAACUGGGAGCCAGCCACCACCUGCAGGGGCUAAGAGGCUAGCUUUCCUGCGGUGGGAGUUCCCCAACUUCAACAGCCGAAGUAAGGACUUGUUGGGUCGCUUUGUUCUGGCCCGGCGACACAUACUGGCUGCAGGCUUCCUGGUAGUGGACGUCCCAUUCUAUGAGUGGCUGGAACUCAAGUCUGAAUGGCAGAAAGGCGCCUACCUCAAGGACAAGAUGCGCAAAGCAGUGGCUGAGGAUCUGGCCAAGUGACUUGUGCCAGCAGCAUGGGCUGCGUGCCUCUCCACUGGAGGUCUAACCAUGGGUCGGCAAGAACGGUCGCCCUUGAGGACAAACCUCUGUGCAGGACCUUGGCCAGAGUGGGGAGGGUGGCCAGCCGCUCUGAGGGACAGAGCAUCCUCUUGUGUGUAAUAAAUCUUUAAUUUUGGUGUUAGACCCCUGGGGCCUUCCCAGGCUUUGUCACCCUCUGCACUCUCA